AUGGUGGACGAAAUAGCCGCGUUCGAUAAUGCCACCGAUACGUACGGAACAAACGUUUGCAUAUUUACUACCACCAACUCAUCGCUCCCGGCAAUUUGUCCCCAACUGCUUCCCACCUUGCUGUCAAAGUAUCCAACGAUAUUUUUGAACAUGAACGACUACGUCAGCGUUGAAUCAGCGAAACUGGCGAGUUUGGUACUGCUGGAUCUAACGGCCUACCCUAACGAGUUUCCUUUCAGGUUCAUACAGAAGCGCUUAAACCAGCAUCCGUGCUAUAGGAAAUCGGCCAAAUUUAUCAUCCUCAUGGGUGGCACCAGCUUCCAGCGGAAGGAAACGGCGAUAGAGUAUUUGAAGAAGUUCUCGAUCCUGAACUAUAUACUCGUACCGGUGGCUAAUUUAUCGAGCCCAUUGACGGUAUAUACUAAGCAUCAGUUCACCGGACAGGAUUACUACUUUCGCUCAAACAAUCGACCCGUGCAGCAAUUUUUCCCCGACAAAUUGCGCAACCUUAAUGGCUACAAGUUCAGGAUGUUUGGACUCAACGUUUAUCCUUACAUGACAUUUGAAAAGGGGUUUGUUACCGGUUUGGUGCCUAAUUUUCUAAAGAUUGUAAUCCGAGAGCGUUGCAAUGGGACGACUUACUAUUCGGAGAACGUUACCCUACGUCGCGCAAUGGACGGGCAUUUCAACAUUGAAGAUGAACGAUACAGCUAUCAACAAACGUUCUACUUCCGGGAAGAGACCGGCAUUUACAUCGUUUGCCCAGUUCGGACCGUGCGAGAUUUUCUGCGCCAUCUGCUUAAACCGUUCUCGCUUGGGAUUUGGCUUGUUCUUGGGAGCUUGUUCGUGUUCUGCCGUGUCGUACAGAUUCUUUUUCCGAACCUCUACCGGUACGACUUGAUCGCGCUCACAUUUUUCGGUGGUGGCGGUAUCGAGUAUCAGCAACCGUUUGCGUUUCGUGUUAUUACACUAACACUGGCGGUUCUGAUAUUCUUCCUGUCGGAAGCAUACAAUACCAAAAUUAUCUCGCUAAUGUCGUUGGCAAAAUAUUACGAGCAGCCACAAACGCUCGAGGAGCUACAUAAUUCGGACUUUCGCAUACUAUCGACCCGCGCUGGCGCUGAUUUUUUCGGUGAUAUAUCGGAAAAUUUUCUGUCCUAUCCUGCAACAUUACGCGCGGAACGACGGUAUGGGCACCGAGUGCUUGAACAUUAUUGCUCGAUGAUGCACUUGGGAAACGCGUGGUUAGUCAUCUCACAGCCGUUGAAUGAUUUUGCAGGUUCUCUGUACAUCGUAGAACAACCACUGUUUACAGACAAAAGUCUUAUCCAACUUACGCAGCACACACCGUUUUUUGACCUGUUUGAAAAAAUAUUUGGCAUGCUGAAUGACAGCGGAGUGUGGACAUACAUGUUACAGCGAUCCAAGGAUAUGUUGUAUAGAAGUCUCGAGGAAGUCCAGUUUCAGGAGGUGGUUUUCUACUUCAACGAUUUAUACUGUGUGUGGAUACUGAUCAUUGUUGGGUGGUUGAUCAGUACCGCAUGUUUUGUGGGAGAGAUCUUAACGGAAGUGUACAAGCAACGCAAACUGAGACGUGCGGCCAGAUUCUUUAAUGUUGCAAAAAAAUAUCGCUUAGUUAUGUCUUGGUUUAAUCCACGCUGAAAGAGUAGAUGCAAACGUUCUGCAAAAGUAAAUGCAAAUAGAAGUUCUGUUGCAAAUCACACUGGCUUUAUUCCGUUCUCUCUCUCUCUUCUUGGCUUUAACGACCUUACAGGGCACACCGGCCAUUUCUGGCUUACUAGACUUAUUUUACCACGAAGCCGGAUAGUCAGUCCUUGCUACGGGGGGACGGUCCGGAUGGGAUUUGAAUCCGGUCCGGCCGUGUGGACUUCCGCCGUUUAUCACAUGCACCACCGGGACGCCCCCUUUAUUCCGUUAUCAAGCACAAAUUGUGAAAAAAAUUGUUCGAUUUGUAACCUUAAAUAAUUCGAAUUUUUAGUCUAUUAGACUUUAUACAUGUCAUAACUGUUACUAAUUCUUUAAUACACACUAUUGAACAUUAAUGGUAGAGUAAUAUUUUUUACUAAGCAAUUUCUUUACCAUUUUACAUACUAUAAAGUUGAAAAACUGCAUUUAUUAAACUGAUAUUAAAUUUUUAAAAUUUUCUGAUAAGCGUGAAAAGGGAAAUCUGAUCGUUAAAGAUAAAAUUCAAUUUAUUAAUAAUUUGAUGUAUAACUUCGUGAAGGAUAAUCAGAAUCACUUCUGACAUCAUAGUGUUAAUAAUUUAGAAAACGGAAUAAAAAAUUGAUGUCAAUUUCAUACAUUACUAUUUUCCAGUAUCGAAAGCAGCAGUGUAAAAUAAGAAUUGUUUCAGUUUGCUGUUGGCUUCAUUCGUUUCAUGAACAUUAAUUUAUUUGUCAAGCGUUGUACAAUACAAUGGUUACAAAGCCAACACUGUUACUAUUCUGUUGGGUGUGUUUUACAGCAUUCAACAUG